ACCUUGGGCUUUUGGUAGCUCAGUGUCUAGUUGAAGUGUUACAUCAAAUCUCUCUCACACACCACAGCAUAAUGGACAAAUUCUUUGGAGAAGUUCAAGAGCCAGUGAGUCCUCAUGGACAAUAUUUCAACAGCUCUGUGAUGUGUUCAUAUGUUUUUGGCUUUCUGGAAUUAGCGAUUCCAUUUGAUAAUUCAUUAGCUAUACCUUUGCUCAAAGAUGUUUUCAUCCCUAUCAACCCACGCUUCUCCUCUAUCAUGGUAAAAGAUGUAGAGGGUAAGAUGAGAUGGCAAAAGGUUGAAGUGAAGCCUGAAGAACACUUAAAGAUUCCCAUAUUUCCUGAAACCAUAAAUUCAUCAUCAUGUGAAUUAUAUGACAAAUAUGUUAGUAACUAUGUAACAAGUAUUCUAAAUGGAAGAACACCACAAAAUAAACCACUUUGGGAAAUUCAUAUUAUCAAUUAUCCAACAACCAAUGCUGCUUGCACCAUAAUAUUCAAACUUAAUCAUGCACUUGGUGAUGGUUACUCUCUCAUGAGUGCUCUUCUUUCUUGUCUUCAAAGAGCUGAUGAUCCUUCUCUUCCUCUAUCUUUUCCUUCACAAAGACCACAAUUAAAUUCAAAAUAUGCAAAGAUAAACUUAUUUGAGAAGCUAUGUUUUGUUAUCUCAUCCUUUUUUAGCUCCAUAUCAGAUUUUGGAUCAAGCAUAUUGAAGACAAGAAUGAUUAAAGAUGACAAAACACCUAUAAGGUCAGGAUAUGAAGGUGCUGAAUCUCAGCCUUUUAUCUUGUCAAACAUAACAUUAUCUCUUGAUCAAAUCAAAGGAGUCAAAACAAAGCUUGGAGUGACUAUAAACGACGUGGUCACGGGAAUGAUCUUCUAUGGGAUUAGGCUAUACAUGGAAGAGAAGAAUGAGAAGACAAAAACAUCAAAUUCCACAGCGGUGGUAAUGCUCAACACAAGAAAUAUUGGAGGUUACCAAUCAGUGAAGGAAAUGCAAAAACCAGAGUCCAAAGGUCUAUGGGGAAAUAAAAUUUCUUUCUUACAAAUACCUAUACCUAAGAUGUGCCAAUCAAAAAUCUCCAAUCCUCUUGAGUUUGUUUGGAAUACUCGUGAACUAAUCAAGAGGAAGAGACGUUCUUUCAGUGUUUAUCUCAUAGCUUUGCUCUUGGAUUUGGAAAUGAAGUUAAGGGGGUCUGAGGUGGUAGCUAAAAUAAUCUAUAACACAACUGGGAACUCAAGUGUUCUUAUGUCAAACAUUGUAGGGCCAGUAGAGAAGAUGACUUUGGCAAAUCAUCCAGUAAAUGGGUUGUGUUUCACCAUGACAAAUGGACCUGAGAAUGUAAACAUUACAAUUAUUAGCUACAUGAAUGUAUUAAGAAUCACCUUGAAAACCCUAAAGGGAUUCAUAGAUGAACAAAAAUUGAAGUUCUGCAUAGAGAAAGCAGUCAAAGUCAUAUCCGAAGCAGCUAUGGAGAUCUCCGAGAUAUCCACAAAAAAUUAAUUGCAAAAUACAUAUGAAGGAUCCAGGAAUUACGAUUAGUGGGGAUAAGAUUAUAUAUGUUAUUUACUACAAAUAUUCCUCUUUGCAUUUUUAAAGUUUUCUUUAGGAAAUAUGCAUGGUCUGAUCUGAAACAUAGAUUUUCUUAUACAUACUUUGUAUUUAUAUUAUUGUUAUUUUCUUGCA